UGGAAAUCGUUAAACGUAAACAUAGUUUUUAAUUCUUUUCGUAAAUCCGUGGAUAAAAGUUUCGUGUUUCGUGUCGCCAAAUAGCGCUGUUUAGUGCUCAGUUAGUGUUGUAUAACAAUAUCGCAAGGAUGGAAAGUGGAAAUAAAAAAAGUUCCGGAUUUGUUACGAAAAAACAAAAAGAACUUUUGGUAGAAUUUAUGAAUAAACAUCCGGACCUUUUGUCGCGAAAAUUUUCGAACUCUUUUACAUGGAAAGAUUCUCGGAUGCUGUGGGAGAAAGCCGCUGCAAUUUUAAAUGCUGUACCGGGCAGCGUUAAAAAUUGGGAGCAGUGGCGUAAGACAUGGAAAGAUCUGCAAAGCAGAGCAAAAACCAAGCAAGGCGCCUUCAGAAAAGAUCUUAAGCGCACUGGAGGGGGUUCAAGAGUGCCAAGUCCGGAUUUGGAUCCUACGGAGCAGGCAGUAUUGGACACCAUUCCAAUCGUGUCUAUCGAGGGCCAUAAUGUGCUGGAAAGCGACGUCGUACUAUUUAUAGAUGAUGAAAACCCGAGCGAAGCUACUAUCAAACCUGAACUGCCUCUACUCUUAGAGUUUCCUUUUCCUACCAUUGCCUUACCAAGCUCCUCUCAAGAUGAAUAUCCUGUAAAAUCCAUUCCAGUGCCCAGCACAAGUCAGGAGAAAAGUACUCGUGAGAUACCUACUAGAAUAUCAAGGAAGAGUGCUGGUAAAGUUUUAGAACAUAUAUUAGGAAAUGCUCAAAAAUUAGGAGACAUACAAGAAAGGCAUUACCAAACCAUUGAGGGAAUAGAAGAGAGAAAGGCAGUGGCACUUGAGCGCUUAGCUGCUGCGAAAGAACAAGAGAACACAAUUAGAAAUAGACAAGCAUCAGCGAUGGAAAAAAUCGCUGAAAUUCUCCUAUCUUUCAUUUCGAGUUAAUUUUUCACUUUUUUCUCCAAAAUUUGUUAAACAAAUUAGAUUUAGA